GCCAUGGCGGGGCAGAUGGCGGUGCUGGGCUCUGCUGUUCUGGCUCUCCUGUUGGCCAGCUACCUGGCACAGCAGUACCUGCCCAUGCCCACCCCCAGAGUCCUUGGGAUCGACCUCGGCACCACCUACUGCUCUGUUGGCGUCUUCCUGCCCGGAAUAGGGGAGGUGAAGGUCAUUGCAGACGAGAAUGGGCACAACAGCAUCCCAAGUGUGGUCUCCUUCACAGACAGAGGGGUGUCUGUGGGAUAUGAUGCCCUGGAACUGGCUGAUGCCAACCCUCAGAACACCAUAUAUGAUGCCAAGAGAUUCAUUGGGAAAAUCUUCACUUUGGAAGAACUGAAAAGUGAAAGCAGCAGGUAUCCCUUCAAGAUUUUCAACAACAACGGAUCAGCUGAAUUUUCUGUGACAGUUAAUGGGACUUUUCACGUCACUCCAGAGCAGAUUGGCUCCCAGCUGCUGCUGAAACUGAAGAGAAUGGCAGAAGCCAACCUUGGCAUGCCCAUUUCCAAGGCAGUCAUGUCCGUGCCAGCAGAGUUUGAUGAAAGGCAACGGAAUGCUACCAUUAAGGCAGCUAACCUCGCAGGGCUGAGGGUUUUGCGAGUAAUCAAUGAGCCCACAGCUGCAGCUAUGGCUUACGGACUCCACAAAGUUGAUGUCUUUAAUGUUCUGGUGGUGGAUUUGGGUGGAGGAACUUUGGAUGUGUCUCUGUUGAACAAGAUGGGAGGGAUGUUCUACACACGAGCCAUGGCAGGUAACAACAAACUUGGAGGACAGGAUUUCAAUCAGAGGUUGAUGCAGUAUUUGUAUGAUCAUCUCCAUCAAACAUACGGUUCUCUGCCAACCCGGAAGGAAGAGAUCCACCGCCUCAGACAGGCUGUGGAAGCAGUGAAAUUAAAUCUGACUGUUCACGAGGCAGCUACACUAAGUGUGGUGCUGACUCUGCCAGAAAACAGGCUUACCAAAGCACUUCCAAAAAGUCAGGUGAAAACAAACAGUGCACUAAGAGGCGAGCCUUCUGAAAAAACAAGAGACCUGAACAGUCUUGGAGACACUUCGGAAGUAGAGAACGGCUUUGUUGAAGUGGUGUUUGAAAUGGAAAUCUCUCGGAAGCUGUUUGAGACGUUAAAUGAAGACCUUUUCGAGAAGAUUCUUGUGCCCAUUGAACAAGUGUUGCAGGAUGGCCACGUACACAAAGAAGAAGUGGAUGAAAUUGUGUUAGUCGGUGGCUCCACACGGAUUCCCCAAAUACGUAAAGUUAUUCGGGACUUCUUUGGAAAGGAACCCAACACCUCUGUAGAUCCUGACCUGGCAGUUGUGACGGGCGUGGCCAUCCAAGCAGGAAUUGUUGCAGGGUCCUGGCCUCUUCAAGUCAGCGCCAUAGAAAUCCCUAAUAAGAAUUUACGGAAGACUAAUUUUAACUGAAAAGAAACUCUUCCCAGUUGCAUUCCAGCUCUACAAAAGUGUGCUCUGAAGGUGCAUACUCAUCUGACUGGCAGUGGAGCCUAAUCUUAGCUGUAUUCUAUUCCAUUUUUAUCUGUUCCAGUGAGGUGUUACUGGACACCUACCUGUGUCAAAGCUUGAUAUUACUUUAAAGGUACAAACGAGUUCAGAA